AGCUGUGUUGGCUUCGAGUGGUCCUUGGAUUCUCGUUGCUAACCAUUUCUGAACGCUUCCGGCCAUGGCAAAUGGUGCCAGCAACGCCAAUGAUCCCACCCCGCUUGCAGUACCUGGCUCCAGAGCUGCAGGCGGUGAUGGGGUUGUGAACAAUGAGGCCCUCCCUCUCGCAGUACCUGGUUCCAGAGCUGCGGGGGGCGAGGGGGCAGCACCAAAAUGGCCACAUGUGAAGUGCAACGGCUGCGAUACGAUCGCCAAAUGGAAGAAAAUACGAAGCAUGAAGGUAUGGGAGCACUACCAGGAGUUCAUGACGGACCAGGACGACUCCUUCACGUGGGCCUACACGUGCGUGGAGUGCCUGGCGAAGGAGCUUGAGUGCACCGAGCAGGAGGCAAAAGCACGCAUCCUGGGAGCCUCGGCGACACCUGCGUGGGCACGGGGGCGGAACGCGAAGUUCAAGGCAGCCUUCCAGAACCGCCGGGAGGAGUUCCCGGGCAGGAGCCGCGAUGGCGCGCGUACCCUGGUUCGCAACGACUUGGUGGAGGUGCUCGAGCCGCUCGCAGAGUUCGCGGCCAGAAAGCUGAUCCAGCUGAAAGCACGGCAGCAGGGCAUCGAGGAGUACGACAAGCUGCUCGUGGAGCACCGCGCCGUGAAGGAGAAGGACAGGGAGCUGACCAUCAUCGAGGAGUUGGAAAAUUGGGACCAGGUGCUCGAGAAGCCCAACGCGCCGCUGGCCUUCCAGGGCAAGGAGGGCGCCGAGCAGACGUUCAACGCCGCCCAGUGCUCCGACGAAUGGGUGAACGCUGACUUUGGGGCGCUCGGGGCCUGGCACGUCUGCCUCCAGGGCUGGGGUGGCCAGUGCCCACCGUGCGGGGCGGUCAUGCCGUCGAAGCAGUGGAGGCGCAAGUUCGAGGGCAUCGGUUCGUCAAAGCAGGAAAGGCACUGCGUCUGCUGCCAGACACGCUUUCGCACGGGCCACGGCAUGCUCGUCGAGGUGCGCACCGUGGGCGUUUCCACCUUCAUGCUCGCAGAGGUGUCCAACCAAGACGUCGAAGACGUGCGUGCCAUGUACCUGGAUAAGAAUCUGAACCCCAAGAACCACAAUGACCUAUGGCAGAAGAUCCCGGACUUCACGCCGAUCGACCCCCGGGACAUCCUGCGCCCAGUUGAGAUGCACGAGCUGGCAAUCACCGAGGGGUUCGACAUGGGCGCGGUCAGCAAGUUCGCGAACGCCCAGAGGUUGAAGGCAGUGCUGAAGUGGGACUGGGACCAGAUCUUCAGCCUCCUCGAGUGAGAUGCCGUUGAGAAGCCGCUGAACCCAAAGCCUCUCGCAGUACCUGGCCCCAGUCGAGGGGGGGGCGAGCCGGAGAAGGAGGAGGGCAGUAAGAAGACGCGGCUUGCUAACCACCCGCGGCCGAAAGGCCGGCUGGGUACGCGGCGCGAGGUUCCGGGCCACUCUUCGCGCCAAGGCGCGUCGGCGCGUG